GUCUCUCGGAAAUUUGGAAGCUCCCGAAAUUAAGGCGAAAAGCCCGUCAAGAAAUGCGGAUUAAUUGCUGAAAACUGUUUAAAAAUGUGCACAAGUGCCCAUUCGCUCGAGAGACGUGAUCGCAAGCACUAAAAGUCGAUAUAAUUCACUUGAAUGGAUAUCAAAAGUUUCGGAAAAGAUAUUUAGUAAUAUCAAAAACAUUCAAUUCAAAAAGAUAAAAGUGAAGAAGUAAACAUGACAAAAACGACAAUUAUAACACAGUGAAUGACGAAGAAACAUAUGUAUUUCUGAGUUGGCAUAACAAAAAAACAAAAGUAGAAUUUUUUUUAAAAAUAAAACGUUUAAAGCUGAAAUAACUAUAAAAUGAAAGUCUAAUGUGCAAUACGAAGGUUCGAUUUAGACAAUAUUUAUCGCUAAAAAUAUAUCAAGUAGAAAAGUGCAAACAGUUUUAUAUAAAAAAUUGAUUAACGAACAAAAGAAACAAGGAAUUUUUACUCUGGAAAUCAGAUAUAUUUAAGGCAAGAAAAGUUAUUUGAAUAAAAUCGGAGAUGCAACAUUACAACUCUCUUUCGAGAGGCGCUAGCAUAAAUAGUGAUAACCCAUCGAACGCAUACCAUCAUAAUAAUCAUCAUAGUAAUGGACAUAAUGCAGAACACUCACCUCAGUCUUCGCAUUUGUCAGUACACACGGAAGAUAGUUUGAUUGCACGUGCUGCAAAACAUCAGACAACACAACAGGUGACAACUGUAACGAAAGUUGUACGCGAAGUUAAACACAUUGGUCCUGAUGGUCAACCAUUAGAUUACGUAGCAAUGCCAUUAGAUGUUGGUCCUGAUGGACAACCGCUCGAUUAUGUUUCGAUGCCGUUAGGAGUUUAUCCAACUCCGCGAUCUGCACAGUAUUUGAAUUAUAAUCAUAUGGAUAAUCAAGCGAGUGGCGGACAAAUGUAUGUUCAUAGCGGAGGAUUGCCCGACACAGGACAAUAUCAUGCACAUUAUCAGGAUUAUGAACACUAUCCCCCGUCAGCGCAAUACGCAAAUUCGGGUUAUGCGCCAUCAGCAAGUGGCGUUCCUGUUUCAGGGCAAUCGUAUUUAGGUGAAUAUGGAAUGAAUGAACAUCGAUCGGGAACUCCGCCAUCUCCGAGUGAACAAAGUGCUUCACCAUUGCCGUUAAAUGCUGUUGCGCAACCUCCAGUUGCUUAUAUGCAAGGCCCAUAUGAUGAAAUGCCCGAUUAUCGUGUUACGCCUUCGCCCGGAGGAACUCUUGAUCCACGAUUUGCCGAAGAUCCGUCAGCUCUUGUUUAUGGAUAUGUUUCUACAUCACCUUACGGAACAACAGGAGCAGUAUCGGGAAGGAUGUUCGAGGACGAAGAAGAAUUGCAAAAACACAUGUCAAAUUUGACAAUGCAUAAUCACGCAAUGUUAGGACAUGGAAUGCAAUCUCCGGGAGGUGCCGUUGACGAUGAUGGUCGAGCAAUGCGAUGGCGUGAUCCAAAUUUGACGGAAGUCAUUAGUUUUCUAAAUAAUCCAAAUAAUGUGGUGAAGGCAAACGCAGCAGCUUACCUUCAGCAUUUGUGUUACAUGGAUGAUCCAAAUAAACAAAGAACACGAACACUUGGAGGCAUUCCCCCAUUAGUCAAGCUAUUGGCUAGCGAAAGUCCUGAUGUUUUUCGAAAUGCAUGCGGAGCUUUGCGAAAUUUAUCAUAUGGUCGACAAAAUGAUGAAAACAAAAGAGCGAUCAAGAAUGCUGGCGGAAUUCCAUCACUUAUUAACUUAUUAAGGCGUGCACAAGAGGCUGAUGUCAAAGAAUUAGUUACCGGAGUCAUUUGGAAUAUGUCUUCGUGUGAAGACCUUAAACGAUCAAUUAUCGACGAUGGUAUCCAAGUAAUUGUUUCAUAUAUUAUUAUACCACAUUCUGGCUGGGAUCCAAAUAAUCCGGGUGAUACAUGUUGGAGUACUGUAUUUCGAAAUGCCUCAGGUGUAUUACGAAACGUUAGUUCCGCAGGAGAAUAUGCACGUACUAAAUUGAGGGAAUGUGAUGGACUUGUUGAUGCAUUACUUUAUGUUGUACGAACAGCGAUCGAAAAGUCAAACAUAGGGAAUAAAAUUGUUGAAAAUUGCGUUUGUAUACUGAGAAAUCUAUCAUAUAGAUGUCAGGAAGUAGAAGACCCUAAUUACGAUAAGCAUCCGCUUCCAACGCAAACACGAUCUACAGCAACGGGUAAAAGUGAAAAUUUGGGCUGUUUUGGGGGCAGUAAAAAGAAAAAAGAAUCGGGAGAUCCAAAAGAUAACCCUUCAACGAGUGGAAAUGCAAGUAGCGGCUUAAGCGGAGGAAGCGGAAAUGCUUCAAGAAGCUCAAUUCAACGAAAUGAGCCAGCAAAGGGAUAUGAGCUUUUGUGGCAGCCCGAAGUAGUGCAAUCGUAUCUUGCGCUGUUACAGAGUUGUUCGAAUCCUGAAACAUUGGAGGCGGCUGCAGGCGCCCUUCAAAAUUUGGCUGCGUGCUAUUGGCAACCAAGUAUCGAGAUUCGCGCAGCUGUGAGAAAAGAAAAGGGACUCCCAAUUUUAGUUGAAUUACUACGUAUGGAAGUUGAUCGUGUUGUGUGUGCUGUUGCAACAGCUUUACGCAAUCUUGCCAUCGACCAAAGGAACAAAGAGUUGAUCGGCAAAUAUGCGAUGCGAGACUUAGUUCAGAAAUUGCCUUCAGGCAAUCCACAACAUGAUCAAGGCACAUCGGAUGACACAAUUGCUGCUGUGCUUGCAACUCUCAAUGAAGUUAUUAAAAAGAAUGCCGAAUUCUCGCGAUCUCUUCUUGAUGCUGGAGGUGUUGAACGUUUAAUGAAUGUUACACGACAACGGCAAAAGUACACACCACGCGUAUUAAAAUUUGCAGGACAAGUGCUAUUUACGAUGUGGCAACAUCAGGAAUUGAGAGAUGUUUAUAAAAAGCACAAUUGGAAAGAAUCAGAUUUUGUGACAAAGACUGUUGCAGCGAGAAACGCAGCUCCAAACUCGCCCAACAAUGCAAAUAGUACGUUGAACCGUCCAAUGGCUUCACAAGGAGGUACAAGAUAUGAAGAUCGUACAAUAAAACGACAAACUGGUAAUGGAGGAGCACAAACUCAAGGAAACAAUAUGAAUAAUGUGGGCGGAGGACAACCAAUGCUUUACCAAAGGGGUGCUGAAAUUCCAAUUGGAGAUACUUACCCAACUCAAAUGCAAGGAAAUGGCCCAAAUCAUCCUCCGGGUAGCGGUACAAUGAUGAUGGCAAUGAAUGGCGAGCCGUUGUACGCUCAAGUAAAUCGAGAAAGUAAAAGGACACGAGCUCGUACAACAUCAACAACAACAUCCAUUGGAAAUGGUAGUAUCAAUACAAGUAUUUCAUUAUCAUCAAACAAUGGUGGACAACACAACUAUGCGGAAGCAAAAAGUUUAAUAUCUCCCAAUCCUAAAAAUACCAAAGGACAUGUAAUUAUAGAUGAACGUCUUACAAAAACCAGCAGUAAUGCAUGGAUAUAAAGUUUGAAUUUCAUAUAAAAACUUGAAAUGAAAUAUUAACGUACUACUCUGCAAAAAUAAAAGAAUAUCUUGAUUAACUUGCUUACACAAUUUUUCAAAAUGAAAUCUAUGUUUUUAAAAUAUUUCAUUAAUAUUUUUUUUUAGUUUAAUAACAUUUCCAUAUUGAUACAUAAUAUUCCAAAGGUCAUGAAGUCAUGACAUAUUAGUUAAAAAAAAACAGUCAUAAUAAUUAUUGAAAGCAAUUUAUUUUUAAUUAUUUACAUAAUGCAUAAAAUAAAG